GAUGGUGUUAGUUUUGGAACAGUUGCAGUGUAAUGGCUGAAGGAUGGAAAUAGUUUCUGGGCUUGUGUCUUACGCCCUUGCAAAGUUUCUUUUUCUCUCGCGGCUAUCGAAUAAAGAAGAUGCAGGGAAAAUCAAAAAAAUGGAAGAAAAAGUGUUAGAAGUUUAUGAUAUCAUUCGUACAAUUCGUGACCCAGAGAAGCCCAACUCUCUGGAAGAGUUGGAGGUCGUAGCUGAAGAAUGCAUUGAGGUGAAAUCAUUGGAUGACGAUGAGUACCUCAUCAUUAUUCACUUCAAACCAACAGUACCUCACUGCUCUCUAGCCACACUGAUUGGUCUCUGUCUACGAGUCAAGUUGCAAAGGUGUCUACCAUUCAAACACAAGUUGGAAAUUUACAUCUCUCAAGGGUCGCAUUCUACUGAGGAAGAUAUUAAUAAGCAGAUCAAUGAUAAGGAGCGAGUGGCAGCAGCGAUGGAGAAUCCAAAUUUACGAGAGAUAGUGGAACAAUGUGUUAUAGAGCCAGAUGACUGAACAGUUACCAGCUACAUGGAUAAACAACUCCUACUCACAUCCUGUUGUUUGCAAAGUCUGGCAAAUAAGGAUUGUCUCUUUACACAUCUUACAAACUUUUUUCCAAAAAGCUUCUUUUUACCUUAUACUAAUUAAGAAAUUUCUAAUAUAAUUGUUCAGUUUCAGGUUAAGAAUAUCAUCCUAAACAUGAGGAUUCUCUGAAAUACUUGAGGCUCGAAGUUAAUCCAGUAAUUGAAAGUGCACUCUUCAAAAUAUUACCCUGAUGCAAAUUGAUAUGCAGCAUUUAAUGUUUCACUACUAUUCUGCUAUUAAAAUAAGAAUUUUCAAGAACAAAACUGAGGGGUUUCAGCUACUAAUUCAGAUUGUAGUGAUCUCAGCAUGUUGGAAGAGGAUUAUAUUGUCCCGACACAUCCCAUCUCAAAGGGAAAUCAUUUACCUUGGUCCUGCACAUUUAAUAACAAGGUAAUGAAGUGCUGCACAAAAGGAUUCAAUUCAAAUUUUACCUCCAUCUUUAUACACCGUUCAAUGCAUGUGUCAGAGAUUUCUAAAGUCCAAAAAGCAGAAAAUAGUGAAAAGCAAAAUCAAUAUUUGAUGAUUUUGAUUACAAUAUGAAAAGCUGUUUUAUUGUUUGAUCUUUUAUUGAGUAGUCCACUUUCAAUGUUAAUCAUCUGUUGCAUCCCAAAAUAACUACAAGACAGACCUGUUACCGACUCCACUUCGUUGCUGAAGUUUUAUGACAUGAGAUCUGUUACAUGUAACCUAACCCAUUAAACUUGCCAGACAGCUCUCGAGUCAUGAGUAACAACCCGGGAGGAGCCUGCAUUCCUACACGUGUCUACGUAGUUGUUGCAAGUCUCAGGGUUUCUAUUCUCCAUUGUUAUGUGUGAAUAAUGAAAGGGAAUUGGAGACAGGGUUUUGUUUUCGGAUGUUCUUUAAUUUCUUAAUUCGGAAAGUGCCCAGGGUGCUUUUUUUUUGGGAGGAAGCCAGUAAGAAACUGAAAAUGUGGGGUGAAUUCUAACUGGUUACUCUAACCAACAUCACCCCUCCACCCGCCCGCCCGCAGUCUCUAGCGUUCGAGACGUAGACAUUCCCGGAAAAACAGCUCCAAACUCAAAGCGAACUCUGAGGUGCUGGGAAGAUUUUAAACAACCAAAAGCAAUGUUGAAUUUCACAGCCUGCAAAUCAGAUCAUUAAGCAGUAGCAAAACAAUAAAAAUAACCAUGAACAAAAUACAAAGAUGUAUGCCAAAUGAUACCAUCAGUGUGAAUUGGAGGGCAGGCAUCAUUGAGUCCUGGAGCCCACAAUUAUCUUUUAUUUCUCAUAAAUAAAUAGCCCAUUCACCACCACAGGGCUAUAAUCAUUGUUUAUGUUCCACCCUUUCAGCACAUCCUUCCCUUCCACCCUUCCUCUUGGACUAACUUUUAUCCAACUGGCUCCUGCUGUGAAUGAACACAACAGCUAAAAUUUCAGUUGUCCAGAUAAGUUGUAUUCCUGUGGGGGGGCCAGUUCCUCAGAUUCUUGUAGCCCUUCACUACACUACCCAUUUUCCAGAUAUAAAAGCAAUAAUUGUUAGCAGGCUGCACAACCAAAAGUGGCAUCACAGCUGAGCUGGGUCCUGUCUUUGGCCAAUCUUCACAGAAGUACACUUUUCAACAGCAGUCACCGGAUGGUGAUCGAGCUAAAAUGAAACUGAGUCCUAUUCUUCUGCCCACACCAGCAUCACCUCCACCCCUUCCCCUUCCAGGACACUCAUACCAGCAUCAAUAACCUGGCUAUACAAACUAGGGCACUGGGAGCCUUUCAGAAUCAUAUAUACCAAGUGAAUCACAAAGUGCUGCGAUGAGUCAAUGUUUGAAUCUACUUUUAAAAAUGUACCCUGUUGGGCCAAGCUAUUGGUAGUUUGUAUUUACAUUAAUGACACCGUGAUAAUUUUCUUUAACCAUGAUGGGGUUUCCUAUCAUUCCAGUCAUUGGUCUUAGACCUUUGCACUGGCUUUUAUUGAUCAGAAGAUUAUUUGGGGAAUGAAGGGUGCAUCUGGUGCACAAACCUGGUUAUAAACCUUGGACAGUUUACUGUCUGGUGGAUGCUAUUUGCUUGGAAUUAAAUGGGAGUUUACUGAGAAAAUGUGUUUCAGUUUUUUCAAAAUUCAUUUCUGAGGGUCAAAACCUUUCUACAGUUUGUCUCCGAGGGUGAUUUUUUUAAUCUGAGACUCUGCAAUGUCUCGCAAAACAUCUUGAAUGUUUUUAUACAUUUUGCAAUUGGCUAGACAAGGAUUGCAGGAUUGCCCUCUUACAUAAACAACUUGGAGGAACGAACAUUUUGGAGCAGAUCUGACUGAUAAAGUUGCUUGCUCAAUUCAUCUGUCUUUUGUAAUAUUUUCAGAUGUGAUAGAACCCUUCAGCCUCUGCACUGAGUGAAUACAGAUUUGUGUCAGGACUGAGUCUUGUUGUAUACAUUAAAAUAAAUGCAAAGUACUACAGAUGCUGGAAAUCUGGAAUAACAAAUUCUGCAAAACAUAGAUUAAGCAAAAACACUGGAGAGAAAUUGUGUUUUAGAUAAUGAUCUUACAUCUAUUGUAUGUAAUUUUAUUAAUUUGUGAUUUAAGAAAUGUAUAUUACAGAAACAUUUGGAUUACAAGCAUGUUGUAAUUUUUAAAAAUUUGUUUAAAAACUUGAAAAUUUAAUAUCAUUGGACUAGUAAUCCGGAGUCCCAGGCUAGUGCUAUUGGUUCAAAUCCCUUGAUGGCCGAUGGUACAAUUUGAAAUCAGCAAAAAGCUGGGCUGAUGUAACCAUUGUUGAUUGUAAUAAAACCCCAUGUGUUUCACUAA